CAAAUGGCCAAUUCUCUCGUAUCUCUCUCUCUUCUCACCGGAACUGGCUACCAAUCUCCGGCGACUUUUAGGGUUUGUGCAUGGAAAACUCUGCCUCUUCACCGGAGACUGCCGCACGAUCGUCAUUCUUCCCCUGUUGUCGCUGCUACUGUUGUUGCUUGUGCAACAAAACAACCAUAUUCUCUUUCGAGACCCUCGACAUUUUGGUUUUUAAAUUUUAGCCCCUGGUUUUUCAAAAUUUGACAAAUUUGGGUGCUGAUGGUUUACACGGAGGCUCAGCCUGGUUUAUUUCUCGGGUUUAACUCCCAUCACAAUACGACGUCGUCGAAUUCAGUCCAAUCCGUCCCGCUCCAGCUGCUCGAUCAGAACGAAGAGAAAAUUAGGGCCGAGAACGGGGACGAUGGCGACGGAGACGAGAAAUUUAACCUCUUGGGGCACUCGAUUUGCCCGAAGAGGCCGAGGGACGGGUCCGGGUUCGGAGCGAACCCGGCCAAAUGUUUGGCGGUUGAGUCCGGUGGGCUCGAGGCGAGGCGAGCGGCGGUCCGGUCUUGGGGGAACCAACCACUAGCGGUUUCGGAUCAGAUCCAUGAAAUUAUGGAGAAGGAGAGGCAUCGCCAGUACAAAGGCAUUGAAUUGAUAGCUUCCGAGAAUUUCGUUUGCAGGGCUGUGAUGGAAGCUCUGGGCAGCCACUUGACGAACAAGUACUCCGAGGGUUUUCCCGGAGCAAGAUACUACACGGGCAAUCAGCACAUUGAUCAGAUUGAAUUGCUUUGUUGUGAACGGGCAUUGGCGGCUUUCGGUCUCGAUUCGGAUAAAUGGGGUGUCAAUGUCCAGCCUUACUCGUGUACCUCUGCAAAUUUCGCAGUCUACACUGGGCUUUUGCUCCCGAAUGAUCGGAUUAUGGGGUUGGAUUCUCCUUCUGGAGGGCACAUGAGUCAUGGGUAUUAUACCCCUAGUGGGAAGAAGGUCUCGGCUGCCUCGAUUUUCUUUGAGAGCCUGCCUUAUAAGGUGAACCCACAAACAGGGUACAUUGAUUAUGAUAAGAUUGAGGAGAAGGCGGUUGAUUAUCGCCCCAAGAUACUUAUUUGCGGUGGGAGUUCAUACCCUCGGGAGUGGGAUUAUGCCAGGUUUAGGCAGAUUGCAGAUAAAUGCGGAGCUGUGUUGAUGUGUGACAUGGCUCAUAUCAGCGGUCUUACGGCAGCUAAGGAAUGUGCAAGUCCGUUUGAUUAUUGUGAUAUUGUCACGUCAACAACUCACAAAAGUCUUCGGGGUCCGAGGGGAGGCAUUAUUUUUUACAGGAAAGGCCCAAAAUUAAGGAAGCAAGGCAUGCAUCAUACUAAUGCGGAUGGUAGUAACCAUUAUGAUUUUGAGGAAAAGAUAAACUUUGCUGUUUUCCCAUCACUACAAGGAGGGCCACACAACAACCAUAUUGCUGCUCUUGCCAUAGCCUUAAAACAAGUAGCUACUCCAGAAUAUAAAGCAUACAUGCAACAGGUGAAGAAGAAUGCACAGGCCUUGGCUAAUGCCUUGUUAAGAAGAAAAUGCAAAUUGGUAACUGGGGGCACCGACAAUCACUUGUUGCUUUGGGAUCUGACCGCUCUUGGUUUAACAGGGAGGAAUUAUGAAAAGGUUUGUGAGAUGUGCCACAUUACUCUCAAUAAAACUGCUAUAUUCGGUGAUAAUGGUGCUUUUUCUCCCGGGGGAGUGAGAAUCGGUACUCCUGCUAUGACUACCAGAGGUUGUGUGGAAUCCGAUUUCGAAACGAUCGCAGAUUUUCUUCUGAGGGCUGCCCAGAUCAGUGUUUGUAUACAGAGGGAAUAUGGAAAAUUGCAGAAAGAUUUUAUCAAAGGUCUCCACAACAACAAAGAUAUUGUCGAGCUCAGAAAUCGGGUCGAAACAUUUGCAUCCCAGUUUGAAAUGCCAGGAUAUGACUGACAUUUAAACAAUCUUCAUUUCUUAUUUCUUUGCCUCCAUUAAUCUCCUGUAAAUUAGAGGAGGAGAAGGAUACGAUAUUGACAUUCCCGCCCUCUUCUUUCUGACUUUGUAUAAAUUAUAGAAAAUAAAUGAUUAACAUUCUACUUCUUUUGAACAAA